AUGCGAGGGGAAAACAAAAAUAAAGCCACUUUGGUAUUUGAUCCAGACAUUGACCAAACUCUAAGAAGAAUCAAUGGGGUAAGUGAGGAUGCAAUCAGACUUAGAUUAUUCCCAUUCUCAUUGAGGGAUAAAGCCAAGUGCUGGCUUCAAGCCCAGCCACAAGGGAGUAUAUCAACCUGGCCUGACCUGGUGAACAAGUUCCUAAUCAAAUAUUUUCCUCCUUCAAAAGCUGCAAAAAUUAGAGGGGAGAUUACAUCUUUUGUUCAGCAAGAAGGAGAGCCAUUAUAUGAGGCAUGGGAAAGAUACAAGGAGUUAUUAAGGAAAUGUCCUCAUCAUUGCAUACCUGAGUGGAUGCAACUUGAAACAUUCUAUAAUGGAAUGACUGCUGCAACUAAAACCAUGAUAGAUGCAGCAGCUGGUGGUUCAUUGAGUUCAAAAACUUUAGAAGAAGCCCAGCAAAUCAUAGAAAUGAUGGCAUCCUCGAUGUAUCAAAAUAUGAAUGAAAGACAAGCUGCAAGGAGAGGAGGAUAUGAUGUAAAAUCCAUAGAAGCUAUGUUUGCUCAAAAUCAACUUCAGAAUCAACAAUUUUCUGAACAGCUUGCUGCCUUGACUCAACAAAUAAGUAACAUGCAGACUGGUGUGGUCCAAAAUUCACAAUUGAGUUGUGAUUUCUGCGGUGGCAACCAUAUGAAUGGAGCUUGUGAUCCCACAGUUAUAGAACAACCUGAUCAAGUUAAUUAUAUGGGCAACAAUCAAAGACAACAGCAACCAUAUCCACCUGGUUUCCAGUUUAAUAACAAUAGAGGACAACAGUUUUUCAAGUGGAAUCCACAGAAUUCUAAUGCAAGAGGAAAUACAGCUACUGCACCUUUCCAAAGUGCAGCUCCUCAAGUCCAGCAACAAUAUUUUCAAGGAAGUUCCUCUGCACAAUUUCAGAAAAAUCAAGGGUAUUCAAAUUCAAGACCCUUGAGUGAGAAAGUGAAUGGAAUUGAGGAAACAUUACUGCAGUUCAUGAAGGUGACAGAAACGAAUUUUAAAAAUCAAGAAAGUUCUAUAAAGAAGAUAGAAACACAAAUUGGGCAGUUGGCUGAGCAACUGGCCAAUAGAGAUGAACGAAGGUUUCCUAGUAGCACAAUAAUGAACCCAAAGAAACAAUGCCAAGCAAUAACCACUCGAAGUGGAGCAGUAGUUUCCAGCCCAAGAAAGAAAAAUGAAGUCACCAAUUCAAAGGAUGAAAGUGAGUUGAAGAAAGAAGAUUUCGAAAGUGGAAAAUAUACUAUGUUAAAGAGAGGAGAUGAUGAGGAAAAUUGCAGUAACAAGUAA